AUGCACGAAAAGCAAGAGAAGCAACAGCGCUCCGGCGAGGCGGGAAGUCCAACUCCCUCCUCUGCUGACAGCAGCCGUGCCAUUCACGAAAAGCCUCGGGCUCAAGGAGGCUUUUUGGGUUUCUGCUCGAGGCUGGGCGAUCUUCCUGAGUGGAAAUUCCGCGGUCAGCUUCUCCAAGGCAAGAUCCUCAACUGGUCCAUUGGUUUCAUCGCAUCAUGCGGAUUCCUCAUGUUCGGAUACGACCAGGGCGUCCUGAGUUCCCUCCUUACUCUCGAUGACUUCCAGAAAAGCAUACCUCUCAUGACGCCGCUAGAGCAGUCCAACCGUCUAUGCUGGCUCGACUACCCCGAGAACACCCAGCGUGACUACAGCCAGUGUACUGGAGAUCCCAACACUCAAGCCGCUGCUGUAGCCGUUUACCAAAUCGGAUGCUUCCUGGGUGCGGUUUUGAUUUUGUUUUAUGGAGAAACCUGGGGCCGAAAGUCGUCCACCUUCUGGGGCAGUGCUAUCAUGAUUCUCGGAACCAUCAUGCAAGCUGCUGCUCAUGAAUACGGUCUCUUCUCUGCCGGAAGAAUUGUUGGUGGAGUAGGAAAUGGCAUGGUCACCUCAACUAUCCCAACUUGGCAAUCGGAGUGUGCGCGCCCUCAUCAGCGAGGUUUCCUUAUCACGCUGUCUGGAGCCUUGAUUUCCUGUGGUAUCGCUAUCGCCUACUGGGUCGACCUCGGAUUUUACUACUUGGAAGGCUCGAUCCGAUGGCGGUUCCCCAUAUCGUUCCAGUCAUUCUUCACUAUCAUUGUCAUGUUUGGCCUUCUGUAUCUUCCCGAUUCACCUCGUUGGUUAGCGAUGAAGGGUCGCAUCGAGGAGGCUCGUGAGGUUACAGCACGACUUCUUGGCAAGCCUAUCGACCACGAAGAUGUUACUGUCGAAGUCAAGGCUAUCCAGGAAGCGCUUGAGGUUCAGAGCCAGGGCGGUGGUUUCAAGUUCAAGGAACUCCUGACCAACGGACCAUCUCAGAACCUUCGCCGAACUCUCCUUGGUAUUGCCGCUCAGUUCUUCCAGCAGAUUUGUGGUAUCAACCUGAUCACAUACUAUGCCGGCUUCCUCUUCGAGAACUCCCUCGGCUUCGGCCCUGAGAUGUCGCGACUUCUUGCUGCCGCCAACGGUACAGAAUACUUCCUGGCCUCACUUGUUGCGUUGCCACUCAUUGAGAGGACCGGAAGACGUAAGCUGAUGUUGUUCGGUGCCUUUGGUAUGAUGGCUUCGAUGGCAAUUUUGGCCGGUACUGUGUCCACAGGCACAGUCGCCGCCAACGGUGCUCCUCAGCUUGAGACCCGCUAUGGUGUCACCGCCACCGUGUUUCUCUUCGUGUUCAACUCUUUCUUCGCCAUCGGCUGGCUGGGUAUGACUUGGCUGUACCCCGCCGAGAUCACGAACCUGCGCAUCCGCAUCCAGGCCAACGCUCUUUCCACGUGUUCAAACUGGCUGUCCAACUUCUUGAUUGUCAUGAUCACGCCUCCCGCCUUUGCCAACCUAGGAUACCGAACCUACGUCAUGUUUGCCGUAUUCAACGCAGCCAUCAUUCCUUGCGUGUGGCUAUGGUUCCCUGAGCCCAAGGGCCGAAGCCUCGAAGAGUUGGACGUUAUCUUUGCUAGUGCCCAUGCCGAUGGUGUCAACCCUGUCAAGCGUGCCAAGGAGAUGCGGCACAUUGACGGAACUGAGCUCGAGGGUGAGCUUGACAAAUACUUUGGGUCCAGCGAGCAGGUUGAGGAUGCUCGCCCGAUGACUCGCCCGAUGACUGGACACAGUCAGGAGGCGAGAAACUAG